UCCCCGUCCACUCCCCCCGGCUGCCGGGCUGCCUGCCCUCCACGCAGGAGACAAGGGAUUUCACAACCCAGCCCAGACAGGAUUAAAGAGAAAUACACAAGUAAACAAAUAGCGGCCUCGUAAAACUGGACGUGCCGAGCGGGGAGCGGAGCCUCUGGGCCGGCGGUCAAACUGCCCCUGUCAGAGGAAAGGAGUUGCUUCCUGUUAUUUCCAUUGAAAUACUUGUCCCGGUCGUUAGCCGGCAGGCUUUUGCAGGAUGGCACCGCGCUCGCAGACGGGCCCCAGCCGGCUCUCCCGAGGGCUCCUGCUGCUCUGGGCACUCCUGGGGACUGGGCUCUGCCAUGCGGACACUGAGGUGGAGGGCUUCAGCCAGGAUGCCAGGACGAGCUCACCCAUGGCCGUGUUCAGCUGGACAGCCCAGCCCGUGGAGGAGAUGUACACCAACAUCACGCAGAAGUGCUGGGAGCACUUUGUUGACCUGAUGAGGAACAUGACAGCGUCGGAACUGUGCGAGUGGAAAGUCAUCAGCAGGCCCUACAGCUGGCUGCAGUUCUGCCUGGAGACCUGGGCUGACCACCUGCAGUACGGCUACCCCAACGCGCUGGCGGAGCAGUACAUCUUCCAGAGCCACCACCGCUACUUCCACAACUGCACCCUGGAGCACCAGGUCUACUUCGACCCGCCCGAGGACGUGCUGCUGGCCAUGAUCAUCGCCCCCAUCUGCCUCAUCCCCUUCCUGGUCACGCUGGUCAUCUGGCGCAGCAAGGACGGCAAGGCCCAGCCCUAGCACCGCUGCCCGGGCGCCCGCGGCCGACGGAGAGCGGGCAGCGGCGGCCCCGCGGGUCCUGCGCCCGGGCACAGCCCCCCGCGCCCCCCCCGCCCCGGGCUGCGGGGCCACCGGCCUCUUGGGCCGCCCCGGGGGGGGGGCUCCUGGGGUCACCGGCACACGGUGCUGGGGCAGCCGGUUCCCGCCGUGCAACUCCCCCCGCCUCCUCCCCUCCCCACAGGAUUAAACGCUUCUUUCCCCA